AUGGCCGCUCUCGCCAGCUCCCUAAUUCGCCAGCGCAGGGAGGUCAAGGACCCCCAGGCAAACCGGCAGAUCGCCAGCAAGCGGAAGCCAUGCCCCAAGAGCAACAAGUCACUCUGCCAAAAGCAAAUCCUCAUAUUAAUAUCGAAGGUUCGACUAUGUGGCAGUCGAGGGAGAAAAAUGGAAAAAAGACCGGAGCCCCAGCUGAAGGGCAUCGUCACGCGGCUCUACUGCAGACACGGCUUCUACCUCCAGAUGCUGCCGGAUGGCACCAUGGAAGGCACAAAGGACGAAAGCAGCUCCUUCUUGCAGUUCAACUUGAUUCCUGUGGGGCUCAGGAUAGUGGCCAUCCAGAGCACCAAGACAGGGCUCUACGUUGCCAUGAACAGCGAGGGCUACCUCUACACUUCGGAACACUUCACGCCAGAGUGUAAGUUUAAGGAGAGUGUGUUUGAGAACUACUACGUCACCUACUCGUCCAUCCUGUACAGACAGACCCAGUCGGGGCGGGCCUGGUACAUCGGCAUCAACCGGGACGGACAGGUCAUGAAGGGGAACCGUGUCAAGAAGACAAAGGGGGCCGCGCACUUCCUGCCCAAACUCAUUGAAGUGGCCAUGUACAGAGAGCCCUCUCUACACGACGUCGCUGAGCAGAGUCCGCCCAGGAAAACGCCCAAGACCUCCAGUGACUCGCCCGUGCUCCAGAACGGCAAGAAAGACCCUCAAUCCAAAACCAAAACCUCCUCCUCCUAG